AGUCAAACCAUCGCACAAGCAACACGCACUUUCACUGGUGAUCAUUACUUCCUGAAGGAAAACAGACAAGUGUUGAGUGAUAACAGUGAUUCUGACAGCCUAUUCGGAGAUUAAGGAUGCAUCCAAAGGUGACAGGUUGGGCAUUGUUGGCCCUUAUUAGUUCAUCAGCUAUACUUCACACGUUGGCAUAUCCACAGCAUGCACCACUCAUAUCACAGGCUACAAGCAAUGUGCGGACACAAAAUCCACAAUAUUAUAGUAACUCAUUACCUCUACCAAACGAACAAAUUGCCCAAGAACGUAAAUUCGCCGAAAAACCAAAUGCGCUGAAGAAAGUAGCGCUAGACGACAUUGACGAAAUACAAAACAAUUCAAUAUCAGAUGGCGGAUUCUCCUGGUCUAACAUGUUAGGAAUGGUUAUGCAAAUGCUUUUCAAUCCUGCCACAACCGGGCCAAACAAGAGUGACAACAUUGACACGGAAUCCGUAGCGCCAUCCCCAUGGGCAAAUCUUUUGACCAUGGGACUGAAGAUUCUCACCGCUUUACUAGGCGGAGGAGCCUCAAACGACGGUAUCGAUAAAGUCGACAACGGCUCUUCGCCAAUGCAGAGUAUUUUGGCUGCGGUUCUGUCGACGGUGCUCGGUGCAAAAGAUCCCGACCAAGUCGCCUCCAUGGCAAAGCAAGCUGGAGAGUUUAUCAACAUCGUCGUCAACCUUCUCGAUGCAUUGAAGACAUCAUUCUCGCAUCGGUCGCUGGCGGCGCGCUCAAUGGGCCGCAAAGACUCGGUCAGUGAUGCAGCACUUGCCGGUAUCGCGAUGAUGAAGACAUACGUAAAAUCCUUCGGAACUAACGACGACAAGUGCCUCCAGAAAUACGUGUGUGACGCAAAUAGCGAAUGCUCUUCUGACAUCGGGCCUAAGAGCGUCUUCUGUCAACUUGGAACGUACGCUGCCAGUUUCGUGCUAGAAAGGCAGUCGGCGGGCACUUUUAACCAGUUCUACGAGGCAGGACGUCGCGGCCGCUCCGGAAUCGAUUGCCGUCAAUUAUACCUCGAAUGUAACGAGGUGUAACCGAACACAUAAAAGUUUCAGUGCCUUUGAACAUUAAUCUCAAAUUGGCCAAUAUAUCUCGUAUCGUUUUCUCAAAAUUCAUCAUUUUGUAUGGAGUGUGAAUACUGUGCAGUGAUCUUUCCCCGUCGCUUAAGGACUUCAAUUCCCCCUUAAUUUAUUUAUUUAAUAAUUUAUUUAACUUAUUCUAGAUGUAAUAAAUAGGCAUUUUAACUGAAAUGUUCCCCAGUAGAAUCCGUCCAGCAAAUAAAAUUGGCAUAGAUUUACCAACUCGUAAAUCUGCCACAUUUUAAUCGUAACGACUGAGUUUGUAUGUGUGAUAUGGUUAAUAAUUUAUAUCACCUCGUAGCCUAAGAUAUUGUGAAUAUUUUUGUGAUUGGUAUGAUUGAGGACGUCCUGUAUGAUUGUGAUUGUAAAAUAAAUAAUUUAAAAUAAAAA